GGCCCUCUUCUCACCUUCCUCGUCAUCCUCCUCUUCAUCGUUCCUCUUUGGUCUCCUCGUAUCCUCAUCCUCGCUUCUUGCUCCCCUUCGCUCCCGUUGCAGUUCGCGGCUAGCGCAUUCCAAGUCAGGCCAGGGCCGCAAGUGCGCCGGCCAUGGCCUCUUCCUCGCUCGGUCCCCCUCUGCACGCCGAGCCCAACACCACCACUUCCAAUCCGCUUCCGCAAAGUCGCGACGCAGACCAACACUACGCCCCUACCAAGCAACCUCUCGCCUCGCCAUCCCCCUCACGACAAGCUGCACCAACAAGCCACUCCUCCUCCAGCCAUCGCGCUACACCAUCAUCAUCGUCAUCCACUACCAUGGCUACUGCCUCGCAGCCUCUUCAACGGUCAUCUUCGCCUUCCUCUUCUCACCUCAGCUCCGCACGCCCACUCUCACCUCCCACUUCCAUUGCCCAGACACCAUCCAUGCCUCCUCCUUCCUCGUCUCGUCCAUCCUCUCCCUCUGCUUCUUCCUCUAAACUCCCAUCUGAACAGGCAGGCCCUCACAGCGAUCGCAAGAUGAGCGUGGAUAGGGCAGAGUCUCUGCCACAACCCUCCAGUCCUCCCGACGAUGACCAGACCAUGAGGAGUCCGACCAUUGUCCUCACUGAUAGAAGGGCAAAGCGGGCUAGCAGCGGGGCUUACGCUCCUCUCGAAGGUGCCGAGUAUGGCAGGGACAUGAACGUCCUCACGUCUAGUAGUAGCAGCAGCAAGCAGAUGAGAUUGUCUAGAGCUCAAGCAAGCGACGCUCCGCUCUCGGGAGCCGACUUUGAGGACCAUGCAAGUCAGAGGCGGUCCACGGAGAGGGCCGCGGUGUUACAGGACGUACAGAGCUCUCGUAAUGAGCGAUCUAUAAGGAGAAGACCAAGCAUGUCUAGCCAUUCCAGUCGGGAGGGUCAACGCUCUCGCACGCCUUCGCCAAUCCUUGGAGAUGCCUACCCCUACGCGGGAGCAUCGACGCGGCCUGGCCAUACAGGCGCUCCAAUGAUUGGGCCCUCCGCCGCAGAUUUGCAAGCCUUGCUCUACGACAAGAGCGAGAGAUCGAAUCGUUCCAGCAGCCAUCGACCUCCUGGACUGCCCGACUCGAGCGAGAUUGCAGCCAUCAUCGCAAAAGUCGAAGGUAUGGGGGUGAAGGAUGAGGUGCAUGCUUCUGACGCUGGUGGAUCGUCUUCAUCCCCGUCCAAGGAGAUGGAACUGGUGCAAAUUGUCAAGAAGCUAGGUCAGCACGCGCUUGAACAGGAGACCUAUAUCCAAAGCAUGGAAGAGUCUCUCCACAACACUAGGGUGACAGCUGUAUCGGUAGUCUCCUCCCUCACUGCCCAGCAUGCAUAUGAGCUCAGCCAGGAGAAACAGCUCAGAGAUCGUCUCGAAGUCGAGUUGGACGGAGUACAGACAUCGGCAAAGAAGCUGAGCUCAUUGUUGGCAAGGGCACAAAUCAGAAACGAAGGCAGUAACCGCGAGAGGGCCGCUAGUGUGGAGGAAGAGAUGAAGUGGGUGGCUUCGUUGCCAGGUGGGAGCGGAAAGAGGCCCAGCUCGGCAGCUACAGCCGCUGCAAAUGCUGCUAUGUCUCCCAGGCAACCGGCAGUCAGUGGGUAUUCCGAUCCUUUUGCUAGUGAGGAAGCCAGGAAGACUGGCGAAUUGGCUGGACUGGGCAUUUCCGAGACGCCCUUGUUGCCUCAGAGUGAAUACACGGAUGUCUUUGACUCGCCGAUGUCAGCAAUGAUAUCGGAACGCAACAAGCUGGUCGCAGACAAGAGACACUUGAAGAACCGGGUACGAGAUGCAGAAGCUCAGCUCCAUCGAUUGGAGAAUGAGCUGAAAGCAUUACGACCGCUCCUACUUCAAGGUAGUGCGAAGGCGUGGGCCACAUCCUCUACGGUCGCUUCCGUUCCUGCUACACCAUCCUCCAGCCAACGUACACCCGGUAGAGUUCGCAAGGAUCCUGGCUCGGCUCGGCGACGUCGACACAACGUCAUGGGCGAUGCUGAAGCCGAACACCUCCUGCUAGCCGCUAGACGAUUGAAUCACGCCCGUGCGCAGGCCGAGGCCAGCAUGCCACCAUUUUCGGAGACUUCCCCUCUCAAGCCGACUACCGCACGCUUUGCAACUGUGGGGGAGCAUCCGAGCACGCCACCGGGUCGACUGAAUGUACCGCCACGUACCCCCGGAACAGCCAACACGAUCACCGCCAGGACCCCACGCUCUACGGGCAAGAGCAGAGUCUCGCUCAUGGACUCAGUCUUUGCCAAUGGUGGACCUGCGCUUCCCGGAUCGCCCCAGUCAAGAAGCAAACCGUCGUUCCGCAGUCAUGAGCGCCUCAAUUCUGCAACGUCUGGCAUCGAUGAGCUACUGCAGGCUGCUCAGACAGUGUCGACUCCUCGUGACCAGAGGAUAAAUAGCCUGGUCGGCGACGGGUCGUCGGACCAGCUACGCGCCCUGGCGGACAGUGCUGAAGCGAGCGACACGUACUUCCCCAAGAUGCCUCCGGUGGGAUCGAAGUCGAUGACCACCGCUCCUAGCGGUGCGGCUCCUGCUCUUGCAUCAGCCAUUGCACUCGAGCGACCUCAGAUGCAUGAUAGUCCAAAGAGGAGACGAAUGUCUGCCACAGCCGUUGAUCAGGACCGUCUGGCUUUCCUGAGCUCCUCACCUCAGGCCCGUUACUUGAACAGCUUGCGCACUACCGACGGUGGUGUCGUGAACGGCAGUAGCAGCAGGAGGCUGCGCACGAGGACAGAAGGUUCCAACCAUCCUUCUUCAGAUUCGCAUAGGACAGGUCGGGGCGGCAGCGGGGAUCAUGAAGGAGAAGGUGGAGGAAUCUCCGCUUUGGAUCUCUUGGCAGACCAAGCUACUGCUUCCCAGAAUCCUUCCUCGAGCUCAGAACCCUCGACUUCCGAUGGCGAGAAGAGAGCCGAUAGCUACUCUGGCCACGGGGAGAAUGGCCGAAAGAAAAGUCUGGCUGACGAAGACACUCGGGAAAGCUAUCAUAUCAGCAGCGGCCCCAAGCAAGUCGCCUCGACCCUCAUGGCAGCCCGUGCUCGGGUCGCUGGAGGCGGUGCACCCAUCGCAUACGCUCACAGUCCUCACUCCGAGUACUCAGAGAGGGGCGCGAAUGGAGCUCUGCCGAGAUAUUCCAGUGGCUAUCCACCACAGUCCCCUCACGGCACAAGCGGCAGUCAUCAUUCGCAACUGUCGUCCCCCAACACUGCCUCUCACUCUGGAGGCCCCAUGCUUCCUCCACCGCCUUCGUCCCUUGGCGGCUCGGAUGCCUUUCAUCUACGGAGCAAUUCCUCUGGCCACCACCCAACGGCAUAUGGGGGCCAUGCCAAUCUGCCUCACUUGAACACGAGUGUCGGUCAUCAUGGGCAUCCGCAUCAGCCGUCGUACUCCCAUCAGUACAAUCAGCAGAUGCACGGCCACAUGCCAAUGUCACCGCACUCUCACUCGAUGCCUCCUCAUCUCAAUCUCCAACACAGUCAUCAUCAUCCCACUACUACUGCCAAUGGUAGUCCCUUGCCUCCGCCGCUCCCAAUGCCGAAUGGUUACAUGUCUUCAGCCUCGCCCUCGCCAAUCUCGGCGACGACGCCUCAUCAUCCAUACGGCUACCACCCACAGCAGCAACAGCAGCAGCAGCCCCUGCACUCUCCUCAUUCAACCAGCGGCCAUCGUCCGUCCCUCUCCCUCGACUCGAGCAAGACGCCCAAGCCGAAGGGAGGCAACACGUCUCCGGACAAGCGACUGCCGUAUGUGCGCUGGACCUCUGAAGAGGACGCUAAGUUGCGCCAGGCCAUUAUGCAGCAUGGGCAGCGAUGGGAAGCUGUAGCCAAGGCCGUGGGGACUAGGAGCUACCAUCAGUGUCGCCAGCGAGCUUUGCUGAUGAGACGUAAAGGCCUAGAUCCUGUCGUUGCUGGAGCAGGUGGUAGUGGUGGAGGAGGUGGCUCAGGUGGGGGUGAUAGAGGCGGUAGUGGAAGUAGUGCGGGUGGUGGUAGAAGUCGGAAUGGAGGAGAUGGCGGAAGUGCUACACCUGAUGCUGAUGGUGAUGAAGCGGACGAAUUGGCUGAAGGUGAGGGGGAGGGUGAAGAAGGGGAGGGAGAGGAGGGAGAAGAGUACGGUGGUGCAGAGGGAAAUGGCGCGCAUGACUCUGAUCAGCAACAGCAGCAGCAGUACGCUGGUGAACGUCAUUCGCAGCACGUCGACCCUCGCCUUUCUUGAAGGCCACCAAGGGAUUCAGCUGCAUUGGGGGUUUUAGUGAGAUUGGCGAAGCCCAAUUUGCAAGUUGCAGAGAUGCCUCUCUCUCAUGGUACAAGUGCCAUCAUUUGUUCACAACAUGUAUUGUAUCGUUCUUUCUCGCCCAGCUCAAGCUCGCUAUGGAAAUGGGAUUCGUCCUUUACUUGCACGC